GUGCGAAACACCACCACUGUCUGGCUGUCUCGACCCGUUCGAAAACGCUCCCACAAGUUCCCACUUCCCAUCGCGCUGCGCCGCCGCCACACUAGCCGUUGCCGCUCCCCUUUCCUUCCCUUCCGUUUCCCAUUCCCAAAGAGUCUGGUCCUCGCACGCGCGGCGAAGAGGAGGCGGAUCCGGAGGCGCGGUCGAGAAGGUGACCAGAGGAGAUGGCGUCGCGGACGGCGUCCAAGGACAUCAUCACGCUGCGGGGCUCCGCCGCCAUCGUCAGCGAGUUCUUCGGCUACGCGGCGAAUAGCAUCCUCUACAACCGCGCGGUGUACCCGGAGGAGAGCUUCACCAAGGUGAAGAAGUAUGGGCUCGCUAUGCUGCUCACGCAGGACGAGGGGGUGAAGACCUUCAUCGCCAGCCUCACCUCCCAGCUCUCAGAGUGGCUGGAGGCCGGGAAGCUGCAGCGGAUUGUGCUCGUGAUCAUGAGCAAGGCCACCAACGAGGUGCUCGAGCGCUGGAACUUCAACAUAGUGACCGACGCCGAGGUCGUCGAGAAGGGGGCCAUCAAGGAGAAGAGCGACAAGGAGAUCAUGCGGGAGAUCCAGGCCAUCAUGCGCCAGAUCGCGUCCUGCAUCACCUACCUCCCCUGCCUCGACGAGCCAUGCGUGUUCGACGUGCUGGCCUACACGGACACGGAUGUUGACGCCCCCGGCACCUGGGUGGAGAGCGACGCCAAGCUCAUCAGCAACCCGCAGAUGGUUAAGCUGCACUCGUUCGACACCAAGAUUCAUAAGGUGGACACGCUGGUGUCGUACAAGAAAGACGAGUGGGACGAGGAAGAAUGAAAAGUUCAGGAGCACGAUGCCUGGCGCGUACUGCCGUGAAAGCUGGCUUGACGUGAAGGUUGUGUGAAUCUUUCAUUCACGUCUAGGCGCGCGUACUGGUCUACUGCUGCUGCUCCUCUAGGGAAUCUUACUGCUUUGGGUUGAAAGAAAAGUCUGCUGCCUGUGAUGCUUCUGCCAAAUUGCCAUUUUUGCGUAUUCCCUGAAAUCACUGAACCUCUGAAAACAAUGUAAUUCUGGGGAUGAAACUUCCCUCCAGUGAAUGACCAUUUGCUAUCUUUUAUAUGAUGUUUUACUUUCACAUCA